GCAGAACGUGAGCUUAAGUUUUGGUACCCGUGGGUGGAGAAUUAGAAGGUUGGGGAUGAAGGAAAGAGCAGCACAAUCUGUUUGUCCCAAGACCGACUGGAAGCACUGUUACCCGGCUUCAGACGCACAUUAUGCGCCCACUAAGUUGCCAUAUUUUUCAUAAUACUUGUAAUAAUUAUUAUUAUAAUUUAGGCACAGUAUCUACUUCUCCUCUCAACCGGAAUAUACCUUCACAUCCCCGAUGACCGAUACCAAUGAUUCUUCAAAAGCUUUUCUCCUUCCUCCGGACCCGAGUCCCGCAAUUGACGCUCCCGCGGGCGACCAAACCGUGCCUUCCGGCAGCAACUCGACGAGGGCCAAGGAUAAUCGAGCCCGACACCACGAUGGUCGCGGGCGCGGCAGCAGUAGCUCAUGCUCCAAAAGGAAGAAACAAGACCAGGGCAGGACGGCGUAUAAGCGCAAUAGAGAUUCUAAAUGGGAGCCUAGGAAUUCCGAGGCUAGGAGGCCUAAGAAGAAGGUUGCCGUGCUGAUUGGGUAUUGUGGGACCGGGUAUCGGGGGAUGCAGUUAAAUCCUCCACAUAAAAGUAUUGAGAGUGAUUUGUUUGAAGCUUUCGUACAGGCUGGGGCUAUUUCUAAAGCUAAUUCGGAUGAUCCUAAGAAGUCAUCACUGGUUCGGUGCGCACGUACAGAUAAAGGUGUCCAUGCAGCCGGCAACGUCAUAUCGUUAAAACUCAUCAUUGAGGACCCCGAUAUCACGGAGAAGAUAAAUUCUUAUCUCCCUGAGCAGAUUAGAGUUUGGGGGAUCGUUCGUACAGUUGGGUCUUUCAGCUCAUAUCACCAAUGUGAUAGUAGACGAUACGAGUAUCUAGUUCCGUCGCAUUGCUUUAUACCACCCCAUCCAAAGAGUUAUUUGGCCAAGAAGACUUACCGGAUAUCUCCUAAGAGGUUACAAAGGGUCCGGGAAGGGUUUAGAUCUUAUGAAGGGACUCACAAUUUUCACAACUUCACGAUCCAGAAAACCUUCAAUGAUCCUAGCUCCAAGAGGUUUAUCAAGUCGUUUGAGGUGCUAGAUCCAAUAAUUAUCAACAAUACUGAGUGGUUGUCCCUGCGCGUUCACGGCCAAUCUUUUAUGAUGCACCAAAUUCGUAAAAUGGUAGGCAUGGUAAUGAUGGUCGUCCGGACCGGUUGCCCCCUUGAGCGUAUCAAGGAGGCAUGCGGACCUCGAGUAGUAUCUAUACCAAAAGCACCCAGUCUAGGACUUCUUUUAGAAUCUCCAGUCUUCGAUGCUUAUAAUAGAAAAGCUGAACGAGACUUUCAGAAAGAGCCUAUAGACUUCUCUAAAUAUGCUAAGGAAAUAGGUGCCUUCCGGGAUAAAAUGAUAUAUACCAAGCUGUUUGAGGAGGAAGAGAGAGCUCACGUAUUUACACAAUUCGUCCACUUUAUUGACUCGUUUAAGUCACCAUUGUUCCACUACCUUACGUCUGCUGGGCUGAAGGCCUUGGACGGGGUAGGGGGGGAAGAGGGCGCCAAAACGGUGGACUUGCAGUUAUUACCCGAUAACGAAUCCGAGGAUGAGGAUGCUGCCAAAUCUGCAGAAGCUGGAUAGAUGGUUUAGGUAAAUAGCAGUUGGCAUUUGUACUGUAGAGGUGAUCUAGUUACAGAGAGUGGGAAUUGU